AUGGCUAUAUUUCCGAUUUUUACACUUCCAAUAUAUUUGGAAGCGUUUUAUUGUAUGCUAUGGAAAUCUCCAAAUAUGAACAAAACAUAUUUGAGAGUUUUGAUUAUACACGUUUUGAUGUGAGUCACUAUGAAAGUUUUUUUUUUAAUUUCUAAUAUUUAUUUUUUUCUACAGUAAUGUAAUCUCUGAAGUUUAUGGAUUUUUGUUGAUUCGCCCUGUUGUUAUUCUACCAAUUAUCGGUCUUUAUUCAAAAGGACUUUUAUCUUAUAUUGAAAUGAAUACUUUCAUUCAAACUUUUCUAUUAUUUUUUCUUAUUCAAAUCAAUGCUGCAGUUAUUCUACAUUUAUUUUUGCUUCGACUUAAUAUAAUGAUUCCGAUUACCUACAAACGUCUUCGAAAACUUGGAAAAUUUAUGGUUUUCUUUAUUUAUAUUGCUGCAAUAUCUGGAUGCACUAAUUUCAAGAUGUUGAUUGAAGAUCAAAACUAUGCAAAACAAGUUUGGACAGUGAAACUUCAUAACAAUAUUCCCUCUAACUUUUGGACAGAAAAUUAUGUUGUUUCAUCUGGAGACAGUGAAAAAUUCACAUUGUUUCUGAUAAGUUGCGCAGUUACUUUUAUUGUUUAUGGAUUUCUUUGUGCAAUUGUUACUGCAUUGGCCUUUUAUUUUUUAUCCAAGUCAAAAUCUCAAACAUCGAAUAAAGCUGUUGAGGGGCAUAAAAUGUAUAUUUAUUCACUCAUAAUGCAAAUUAUUGCUGUUAGUAUUGGAUUUCUUCUCCCUUACUUUGUAUUUAUCAUAACUUUACAAUUUCGAGUCUAUCAACCAAUUCUUGUAUUCGUGUCUCUUUUUAUCGCUAUAUUUCAAGGUGCUCCAGCAACACUUUUAUUAAUCAUAGCCAAUAAACCUUAUCGAAUUAUUUUUAGGAAGCAUAGUAAGUCGACAAUUACACGCCCAUAUUUGACAAAUUUGAUAACAAAUCUAAUUUCAGUUUUUGGUUGCUUACCAACGCUCAAUCGCUCAUAAUAACAUUCUCAAAAUGGCUGAGUUUUAUGAUUUUGACGCUCAAGACCGGUUAAUUGAAACGUUAUAUGAAAUAGCACAUUGGCUUCUAAUUGUUACACUUCCAAUUCAUUUUUAUGGAUUGUAUUGUGUUUUCUGGCAAAGUCCACAUUUCCAUCGAGCUUUUGUAUGGCCUUUAGGAUUACAUGUAUUCUUGUGAGUUGAUUUCUUUGAUUAUGCAUUUCAAACAAUCAAUAUUCUAGAAGUGCAUUAGAAGAAGUCAUCAACAUUGCUGUUCGACCAGUUGUCUAUGUUCCAAUCAUCGGAAUUUUUGCUGAUGGUAUAUUCACUUCUACAUUCAAUAUAAAUGCUUUCAUUCAAAUAAUAUUCAUAAUUCUUCUUGUCCAAUUGAAUGCAUCCGCUUUGAUUCAUAUCAGUUUUUAUCGACUCAAAGUUAUUAUGCCAAUAACUUUUCGAUACUACAAAUUAGUUUAUAGAUUUGGUUUGAUUUUUCUGAUUCUGAUUUAUGUUACUAGUACAUUUUCAAUUUUUGGGUUUUCACUUCUUUAUGAAGAUCAAUUUGAAGCAAAAUCGUUUUAUCAACAGGUAAAAACAAAUUUAACAUAUGGUUUCUUAUUGUACUUGAUGGAAGAAGCAGAAAAAAUACCUUACACAAUAAUUUUAGAAACUCUCAACACUACCAAAAUGUUUUUGGCAAGAAAACUUUGUUGUAUCCACUGGUCGUUCUGCCAACUUCGAAGUAUUCAUAGAUGUUGCAACACUUUUUCUGAUCUUCCAUGUAUUUUUGGCCUGCGCAAUUCUGGCGAUCGCUCAUUUUAUCCUUUCACGUACAAAGAGUCGAAUGUCUGAAAAAGUUCUUGCAGCACAGCGAUCGUAUCUAAACAUGCUUCUUAUUCGAGUAAUUUCGAAGAGAAAACCAUUCCUAAUACAUAGAGUUAAUUUACAGAUAUUAACUUUGCUGUUCCUAAAUAUUAUUCCAUUCUCUGUGUUUGCGCUUGCCAUGAAACAUUAUUUUGAAGAUCCAUUUAUUCUUAUGUUUUCGAUAUUUCUUUCAUCUACAUAUGGCGCAGCAUCAACUCUAACUCUCAUUUUAUUCACUCGACCUUAUCGGAAUUUCCUACUUCAUAAAGUAAUUCGGAAAACAACAAAUGUUACAACAAUUAUUAAAGACGGAAUUGAUCAUAGCUGA